CUUUCAGACUUGGAACCUAGGACUGAGACCACAGAAUCAACUCCAAAAGAGAAUAUUGCGGAAGAGUCAUCCCCGGUGGUGAAAGUUGAGAGGCCUGCAGGGGCUGACUUUUGCUCCUCCGCUUUGGGGGAAGGUGUAGAUAGUGGGAGCCAGAAAAGGAGGGAGCAAAUAAAGGAAGAGAGCAAGGGAAGGCAGUUAACUAAAUCUCAAAAGAGUCCCACUGGAGCCAGAAGUGAUCACUGUAGUGAGUCUGGGGAAACCUUCAGUCCCUGCUCAAACCUCACUGAAGAGAACAAAGCCUCUGGGAAGCCUCAUAGAUGUCCUGACUGCGGGCAGGCCUUCACCAAAAACUCGGGGCUGACGCGGCACCAGAGGAUUCACACCGGGGAGAAGCCUUACGCGUGUGGUAAUUGUGGGAAAGCCUUCAGACAAGUCUCAGACCUGGUUAAGCACCAGAGGAUUCACACCGGAGAGACCCCUUACAAGUGUAACGAAUGCGAGAAGGCCUUCAUCUCGAAUUCUGAAUUUCACAGGCACAAGAGGACUCAUAGUGGACAGAAGCCUUACAAGUGUCAAGAAUGUGGAAAAGCCUUCAUUGAAAGCUCAGACUUUGUUAAGCACCAGAGGAUCCAUACGGGGGAGAAACCAUAUAUCUGCAGGGAUUGCGGGAAGGCCUUCAUUGAGAGCUCUUCCCUCGUGAAGCACCAGAGGAUCCACACUGGAGAGAAGCCGUACAUCUGUAAGGAGUGCGGCAAAGCCUUCACGCAGAAGUCCCACCUGGCCCUCCAUCAGAUCAUCCAUGCUGGGGAGAGGCCGUACCCCUGUAACGAGUGCGGGAGGGCCUUCACCGAACGCUCGGCCUUGGUGAAGCACAGGAGGAUCCACGCCGGCGAGAAGCCCUACCAGUGCGGUGACUGCAGGAAAGCCUUCACGCGCAAGUUCAACCUGGUCCUGCACCAGCGGAUGCACACCGGAGAGAAGCCCUACGUGUGCAAGGACUGCGGGAAAGCCUUCAUUGACACCUCCAUCCUGGUGAAGCACCAGCGGAUCCACACGGGGGAGAAGCCCUACAAGUGUGCUGAGUGCGGGAAGGCCUUCAACCAGAAGUCCCACCUGAUCCUCCAUCAGCGGAUCCACACCGGGGAGAAGCCCCAUCGGUGCGGUGAGUGCGGGAGCGCUUUCACUCAGAGAUCGACCCUGGUCAAGCACCAGAGGACUCACUCUGGAGAGAAGCCCUACAGCUGUGAGGAGUGUGGGAGAGCCUUCACCAGGAAGGGCCCCCUGGUCCUCCAUCAGAAGGCACAUGCUGCCACCAAGGCCGAGGGAGAGCGGGGGAGUGCCAGGAAUGCAGACCUGGCUUAGCAGGAAGUGCUUGCUUUUUAUCCAUGUAAUGAGCGUGAGGAGGCCCUCCCUCAAAGGGGGGCCUCGUGGUUCCUCAUCAGAUUAUCCGUGUUGGCAAGAACAUAGCAAUGAAACAAAUGUCAGAGAGCAUUUGUUCAUAAUUAAGCCUUAUCGUAACUGUAAAUGUAACAGAAGUGGCCAGGCCUUCUUAACCAUUAGAGGAUUUGUAAAGGAAAAUAGCCAUAUAAACACGAUGGCUCAGGGAAGGAUUUUCACUAUUCCUCAUACUCUGCUAAACAUCAACCCACAUAUACGUAGAGGAGCCUUCAGUGUAAUGUAUGCCACAAAGCCUUUUGUUGCAGGUCAGACAUUAUAGAACGUUAGCAGGGAAUGAACUGAAAAAAGUGUUUAAGCUCUCCAGGUGCCCAGCCCCUGGGCUAAAUGCAGUUACCGGAGCUUCUCUAAAAGAGCUCCUGCUUUAAUUCAGGAAGAUAACACAUAUAGAAGAGUUGAGGAGCAGUGAGAUUAGGAAGUCCCAGAAGUCCCGUGGGUCCUUCUGCCUACCAGAAACUUGACUCACCAUCAUUAGAAAGGGGAGAGAGCAGUCCAGGUUUUCUCUAGAGGGGAGAUUGUUUGAAAAACCAUAGAGAUUGAGUAUGGGAAGAGGCUGGAGUAAGGGAGCAUCAGCAGAAAAGUUGGAGAAGGAUUUGGGAUGAUUGAGGGGAAAACUUGCUCCUAGUGGGCACCAAUUCAUAGUCUUCAUGCCUCUUGGCAGUGGAGGGAGGAAAAAGAAGUCUUAUUGGUGUAAAUUCACAAAAAUGUCAGAAAUGUUUGAAAGUUUUUCCAUACUAUAUAGCUAGAUUCCAGAUAGUGCAAUUAAUGGAGCUUGUGAAGUAGUUGCAGGUAUUCAGGAUAACACUAUUUGAAGUUCUGAUUAUCUAAAAUAUGGAAUUGAUUCCAAUGGAAGUAUGAAGUACAUAUCAAAUCAUGAGACCACUUCAUGGAAGUCAUUAUUUGUAGUAAUUUGGUCCUGGUCGUACCAACUUUCCCCAGUAUCAGAGGAUUCAUAAUUGAUAAAAAAAAAAAAAAAAACCGAGCCACUUCAAAUUUGGUUCAACUAUUGUUUAUCCAUUAAUAAUUUUCUUGUGAUUCUUGAUUCAUUGUGUAAUUCACUUUGUUCCAUGAAGGAUUUCAAAACAUUCACUUUUAUUAUAAUUAAUAAAUUCAGUCUGGGUUCUGACAUUUUCUUUUUGUUGAUGUUGCUUGGGAAGAGUGAAAUCAGUCUUAACCUUCCAUGUUCAUGGGCCCCAGAAUUCUGUUUUCUGAUCAUAAUCGUGAAACUUUUACUUUUGUCUGAUGAGCCCUAUUUCGGUCUUUUUGUCCUCACAAUUACUUUCCAUCAGGAAUGUUUUCUCAUAGAAAAUGACUCCUUUUUAGCAGAGUCUUGGAGCAAGAGAUUUAAUGAGUUGGGUCUGUGGAGGGAGGAAUAUUCUACUGUUUGGGGACAGGAAGCCUCUGCAGAGGCUGGGAGAUGAAAUGUGGUUAAUGGGGAACAUCAGAACAGGAAUACAGACUGUAGGAAAGAGAGCAGUGUGAAAUCAUUCUGGAAAACUUGGUAGGAAGAACCAGAGUGUGAUAAAUUCUUUUGGCAAACCAAAGAAUGAUUUUGUUGAUCCUAAAGGGAGCCAGCGAUAGGCAAUGACCCUAUGACAGCUCCUGUUUUAACCAUCCCAUCAUAUAACAAGCCCCCAUUACAUCACCCAAAAUGCCCAAAUUGUUAUUCUCCCCCUUCCCCCCCCCCCCCCCAUUUCAUCUGUGACUUUAAGCACUACAUCUCAACCAUCCUCAUCAUGUUUCCGUAGCAGCACCCGUAAGCUGUCCCCCUCCUCACUAAAGACAUCACUAGUUGUCCAUUUGGGUCUCACAUCACCCUAGCCAGUAGGUUUGCGAUCUGAACUCUGGAAAUUUCGGUGCUGAGGGAAGGAAGGAGUCCAGUCACUGAAUGGAAGGAUGAGGAAUCUGUUUCCUCUUUGUAACCUCGAUCUUCGUUUUCCACCGACUCUCAGGAUUGGGUCCUCACCCCUGUAGCCAGCAGGAACUCAGUGGUAGGAUUUUCCCUGGACUGGUUCCUGUGGAAACAUUUGGGAUAAGAAAUCCUUGGGCCUGAGCUGGCAUAGAGAGCUCCGUCCAAUCUGGUUUCCAAGUUGUGCAGAAAUCCAAAGGGGGAAAUUCUUUUUGAGUUCUUCCCCUGCUGGGUGCAGAUCAACCUCGCAGAAAUCCAGCUUGAUCAGCCCUGUAAAACCUGAAUAUUGUAAACAGCGGCAGCAGAGGGGGCAGCUCUGGCUCUAGUCGUUCAUCCGUUCAACGCUUACCUUAGAAACAACCCAUUUCCUAACUGGGAAGUGCCAGCUGGGGGCAUAACUGGUAAUGCCGUGGGGUAGGGAGGGCAUGAUGAGGGUGAUUGAGAAUGUGGUUGGAGUCAUGGCAGAAGGUAAGCUGAAAACAGGGAGGAGGGAGGUGGUAGGGAGCAAUUUGAGCGUUUUUGGCGAUGUAAGAGUUGACGUGUGAUGUGAUGGUUAAAUCAAGUGAGAGCAGAGGAGGUUGGAUAAUGUCACAGAGCCCGUCAGCCCGCAUGGCAGCUGACAACUCACGAGGCAGAGAUUUGGCAUUUGCCCCUUUCCUCGGUGCCCCCACAGUUCCUAGGGAGGGUCAUGUCCUGGAUGGUGGCUUUAUCACCUUUAUUCCUGUACCACUCCCUACUGUUCUAUUAUUCUUGGCAUGGCCCUUUUAGACGAUAUGGGACUUGACCUUGGUGAGGAUGCCUGACUGGAGGCUGCCUUAUCUUUGGGGUGGCUGGUGCUGCUUCCACUUCCUGUAAUGCAUAGACCUCAAGAGAUCCAUUGUGAAGUGUGUAGAUCCAGGAUUCCUUCCUCUGGAAGGGCCAAGCGAGACCUGGAAUAAACCACUCUUUUAUCUUCUCACGUUUGGGUUUUUAUUUGCAUUUUGGUAUGGUUUUUGUUUUCUUUCUGUUGGAGAUUUUUUCUCCUGUGUCAUAGUCUUAUAUCCUCAGGGUCAGGAUUGCCUGGUAAAAACCCUACAUACAGCCUAGACUCAGGAAGUUUUGCUCUUGUGACCCCAUUUAGUAUAUUCUUGGCAAAGAUACCAGAGCAGUU